UGGCGACGUGAGCGCGCAGGGGGGCGGCGGCCUCGCCUCGUCUGUGUGUCGGCGCCGGGCUCGGGUGGGUGACGCGCAGUGCCGGGGCGAUGUCGGAUUUUGACAGCAACCCGUUUGCGGAUCCAGAUCUCAACAACCCGUUCAAGGACCCAUCUGUUACCCAGGUGACAAGAAAUGUGCCCCCAGGACUUGAUGAGUAUAAUCCGUUCUCAGACUCCAGAACCCCCCCACCAGGCAGUGUGAAAAUGCCUAAUGUUCCCAACACCCAGCCAGCAAUAAUGAAGCCAACAGAGGAGCAUCCAGCUUACACACAGAUCACAAAGGAGCAUGCCUUGGCUCAAGCAGAACUUCUUAAGCGCCAAGAAGAGCUCGAGAGAAAAGCUGCAGAGUUGGACCGUCGAGAACGGGAGAUGCAGAACUUGAGUCAGCAUGGGAGAAAAAAUAAUUGGCCACCUCUUCCUAGCAAUUUUCCCGUGGGACCUUGUUUCUAUCAAGAUUUUUCUGUAGACAUUCCUGUAGAAUUCCAAAAGACAGUAAAGCUCAUGUACUACCUAUGGAUGUUCCAUGCAGUAACCCUGUUUCUGAACAUCUUCGGAUGCCUGGCUUGGUUUUGUGUUGAUUCUUCGAGAGCCGUUGAUUUUGGACUGAGCAUCCUGUGGUUCUUGCUUUUUACUCCUUGUUCAUUCGUCUGUUGGUAUAGACCGCUGUACGGAGCCUUCAGGAGUGACAGUUCCUUCAGGUUCUUUGUGUUCUUCUUCGUCUAUAUUUGUCAGUUUGCUGUGCAUGUGCUCCAGGCUGCAGGAUUUCAUAACUGGGGAAACUGUGGUUGGAUCUCAUCCCUUACUGGUCUCAACAAGAACAUUCCGGUUGGAAUCAUGAUGGUCAUCAUCGCAGCACUUUUCACAGCAUCUGCCGUCAUCUCACUCGUCAUGUUUAAAAAAGUGCAUGGACUGUAUCGCACAACAGGUGCUAGCUUUGAGAAGGCCCAGCAAGAGUUUGCAACGGGAGUGAUGUCCAAUAAAACUGUUCAGACAGCAGCUGCAAACGCAGCUUCAACUGCAGCAACCAGUGCGGCGCAGAAUGCCUUCAAGGGUAACCAAAUAUAGAGGCCCUCGCAGAAGCACACUGUUACCUUUUGACUGUAUUUUUUCUCCAGUUACUGUAUUCUACAGAUAUUUUUAUGUUGGAGACGCACAGUCCACAAAGCAUGGGUAUUUCCUAUUCACAUGUGCAUGGUCUAAAAACCAGAGAACUUCCUCGUCUUAAUUACUUUGCCUAAUAGUUUCUUAACAUUUCCACGCCCCUCACAGAAGAAAACUAUCAUCUGCUAAAUAAAUAUUCUCCAUAUUUUUGGGGGAUGGUGUUCCUCAGAUUAUUUCAGUGGUGACACACUGAAAUGAGUAUGUGACUUAAGGUUUAAAAAGCACUUGUUACUAACCACAGCAGUUCUUCCAAGGGUCAGUGAAGAUAAGGAGUACACAUUGGAGAGGUUAUUUUUUUCUGAUUUGUAUUGAAGGAGCAAGGCCAGCCCAAGUCUGGAUGUUUUUAAAUUGGCUGCUUUAUAUGAGGUUCAGUCACCGGUAAGGAGCCUGUGUGCUUUGUGGUAGAUAAUGUAUAUUUUACCUUCUUUUAUUUUAUUUUUAGAUUAGUCGAUAUUUUGAUAACAAUCUCUGAUCUUGCAUGGGCCCCCUGUCUCUCUCUCUCC